CGCCAGAGCGAGGCCGAGAGCAGAGCUGGUCGCGUGAGGCGCGGCGGCUCCGCUUCAGGUGUGACAGGCAGCGGCGGCCCGGCUGAGAGCGAAGGGGCUAGCGCGAGCCCCUGAGCUGUGUAAACGCGGUUACCAUGGACGGCCCGGAUGAGGGGCCUCCGGCCAAGGCCCGCCGUCUCAGUAGCUCCGAGCCCCCUCAGAGCGAGCUGCCGGCGCCGCCGCCGCCGCCGCCUCUCCUGCGCUUGCCCCUGCCUCCACCUCAGCAGCGCCCGAGGCUCCAGGAGGAAACCGAGGCGGCACAGGUGCUGGCUGACAUGAGGGGGUUGGGACUGGGCCCCGCUCUGCCCCCGCCUCCGCCCUAUGUCAUUCUGGAGGAGGGGGGGAUCCGCGCGUACUUCACCCUGGGGGCUGGGGGUCCCGGCUGGGAGCCCGCGAUCGAGUCGGGGUACGGGGAGGUGCCCCCUCCCACGGAGAGCCUGGAAACGCUGUCUCCCUCGGAGGUUUCUGGGGGAAGCCUGGAGAUUGACUUCCAGGUGACGGAGCCCAGCAGCUUUGCAGGAGAGAAGGCCCUAGAAACCUGUAGCGCAGCGGGGCGGGGGUACCAGAGAUUAGCCGGUCCAAGGGGGAGGGAAGAGACUGUCAUCAUCGUGGAAGACGACGACGAGGAUGAAAAGGAAAGUGUGAGGAAGAGGAGGAGGAGGAGGAAGAGGAAGCCCAGGAAGGUGAAGAGGGAAAGCCGAGAGAAGAAUGCCGAGAAGAUAGAGUGCAUCCUGCAGGCGCUGGAAAACAUUCAGCUGGACCUGGAGGCGGUGAAUAUCAAGGCGGGCAAGGCCUUCCUCCGUCUGAAACGCAAGUUCAUCCAGAUGCGGAGACCCUUCCUGGAGCGCAGAGAUCUCAUCAUCCAGCAUAUCCCAGGCUUCUGGGUCAAAGCAUCACUCCUUGACCUAAACUGCUCCCUCCAUCAGUUCCUCAACCACCCCAAAAUUUCAAUCUUGAUCAACCAACGCGAUGAAGACAUUUUCCGCUACUUGACCAAUCUGCAGGUACAGGAUCUCAGACAUAUUUCCAUGGGCUACAAAAUGAAGCUGUACUUCCAGACAAACCCCUACUUCACAAAUAUGGUGAUUGUCAAGGAGUUCCAGCGCAAUCGCUCGGGCCGGCUGGUGUCUCACUCCACCCCAAUUCGCUGGCACCGAGGCCAGGAACCUCAGGCCCACAGGCACAGGAACCAGGAUGCCAGCCACAGCUUCUUCAACUGGUUCUCAAACCAUAGCCUCCCAGAGGCUGACAGGAUUGCUGAGAUUAUCAAGAAUGACCUGUGGGUUAACCCUGUGCGUUACUACAUGAUGGGAGAAGGGGGCUACAGGGCAAGCAGAAAGAAGCAAGAAAAGGAGGAAAGUAAAAACAGGGAUGAAUAUGAGGUGGUGAUUGUGGAAGACUCCGAUGACUAUCACAUCAUGGAAGACAUUAUUGGAGAGACCUCAGACAGUGAUGGUAUCACCGACAAUGAGACCAUUCAUGACAUCAAGAUCUCUGACUUCAUGGAGACCACUGACUGCUUCGAGACCACUGACAACGAGAUAACUGACAUCAACGAGAGCCUCUGUGACAGCGAGCGCCCUGACCACAAUGAGAGCCUUGACAAUGAGACCACCGACAACAAUGAGAGCCCCGAUGACAACGAAACCACUGAUAACAAUGAGAGUGCUGAUGACAGCGAGACCACCGACAACGAGAGUACCAAUGACAACAAUGAGAACCCUGAAGACAACAACACUGAUAACAAAGAAGAGAACCCUGAUGACAACGAAGAGAACACUAAUGGUGAUGAGAACCCCAAAGGUGGCAACCAGAGCAGCUACGGCAACAACCAGGACAGCAGCGACAGUGACAAUGAAGGAGACAAUGACGGCAGUGAUAUUGAAGAUAAUGACGGCAAUGAAGGUAGUGAUGAUGACGGCAAUGAAGGUGACAAUGAAGGCAGCGAUGAUGACGACAGAGACAUUGAAGACUAUGAGAAUGACCUCGAAGACUCUGACAAGGAUCACCAUAACAGCACCAACCAGGAUGACUAUGAGGACGAGGUAGAGAACAUCUCCGAAGAAGAAUCAUCAGUGGAAGAAGAAGAGGAGGAGGGCAGUGAGGAAGACAGUGAGCAAGAAGGUGAGGACAGCGAUGAUGAGGAAGGAAGCGAGGAGGAGGAAGGAAUGGAAGAAGACUCAGAAGGAGGGGAAGACUCGGAAGACUCCGACAUGGAGGAGGUGCUUCAGGCCCAAAACCCUUGGGCUAACCCGGGGAAGAGGGGCAAAACGGGAUAAACGUCUCACCCUUGUGGGGGCUGCCUCUCUGUAUCCCUCUCCCUCUGCCCCAUUUGCCCUCCCUAUCAGCUAGGGCCGAGCGGCCCCACAUUGCACUUCUGGGGGGUGACUGACUUCGUACACGGGUUUAAAGUUUAUUUUUAUGGUUUAGUAAUUGCAGAGUUCUUAUUUUGGAGGGAGGGAAAGGGGGAUUCCCCCUUCCUUUUGGCCCUCCUCUCCCGCAGGCUUCUGUGUGCUGCUAAACGUAUUUAUUGUGAUGCCUUGGUCAGGGCCCCUCUAUCCCCCUCCUCGUGCUGUGUGGAGUGGACACCCUUGAUCCUGAAGCGGGGAGGGCCGCUGUGGCCUUGGGGGGCUCUACUGCCACCCUGUUCUCCCAAGUCUAUCUCUUUCCCUCCAUCCCUCGCCUUUUCCCACUGUGCCCGCUAGCCCGCCUCGGUGUCUAUGCAAGGCCUCUUCGCCACUGCGGUAUUUCUGUCCCCCUCCCCCAGAAGUCCCGCCUCGUUCCCUGUGAACCGUGGAAAUCCUAAUAAAAUU